AUGAGGUUGGCUGGCGUACUAUUUGCCGUAUGCACGCUGGUGUCUAAUUGUCUGGCGUUACAGGCUAGAGACGCCCAUUUGGCGUUCCCCAAUUCGGGGAAGAGAGGUAUCAUGAUUGGCAAGAUCGAUAGCAACACACAGGAGAUGCAAAAACCACUUGUGAUUGAUAACUCUACUGGUGAGAUAGACUUCAGUUUUGCCAUUGAAGCUCGUGAUAGGCCUUCGCAAGUAGCUUUGCUGCUGGGAUUGCCCGAACGUGAUUUGGAGGUGGUUAUGGAACCAAAGGUUACGGAACAUGGAGAGCUCAUAAUGUACAAGUUCAAGAUCGACCAGUCGACGGUCCCGAAGGCGUUGCUGUAUUUCGCGCAAGCCGAGGAGCAACCGCUGACCGCGUCUGUUAUCCUAGCUAAACCUGAAAACCACAAGAACAAUGUCCUUGCGUCGCCGUUCAAGAUACGGGUGGAUCUUGACGAAGCGGUUGAGUACAGGAGGCCCGCUCGGUACGGAGCUAAGCCGGAGAUUAUCCAUGAGUUCAAUCCCGAGCCAAAGACCGCCCCUUGGAAAUUGGUCCAGUUUUUCAUCAUCUUGAUCGCAUUGGCCACUUUUGGUUUGGUGAUCGCUUGGAUGUCCUCCGGCGCGCUCAACUUCAACAGCGUGCCCACGAAUUUCAACGUCGUGUACCUGCUCUUUUUCAUUCUGUCCAUAAUUGGGUUUGAAUAUAUCUUCGUCCGGUACUACGCUGGUACGAGUAUCUUUGACACUUUGUUCGCUGUAUUAUACCUCGCAAUUCCUUCGCUGUGGCUGGGUACCAAGUUUUUGAGAAACUUUGGCGAGACGAUAUAA